AUGGUUCGCUUACUUGAUGACAUGAAUCAACUAUUAAUUGCUGCAGUUCCAACAUCAGCCGGAUGUACAGCAUCGUUUGCAGUGAUAAGUGGAGUGAGGGAAGGGCCAUCGAGAGCAUAUUUCCUCUUUAUCGUUGAUAUCAUGCGAAGCCCUACCGACAUCGUCUUAACACCAUUAGGGUGCCCCUUGACCGAUCUCGAGUUCUCCGACGAUGUUAUUAUAUUCGCGAAAAUUCAGCAUGUUGUCAACCUUGUAUCGAAGCUAGAUGCAACCUAUGGACUACGCCUACACCCUGAUAAGUGCAAACAGAUCCUCCACAACGGUUUAUCGCCUCAUAGUGGCGUGGAGGUGACACUGGGCGUCGAACUGCGAUGUACAGCGGAGGUUGGGCGACGACCUGUGGUGAAAGCUAAGCUCGCCGUGGCAGGGCUGCUUAGUUUGGGGAAAAGUCUUCUUGCCACUCCACCAUAUUCACUGCCUCAGUACCCUGCACACUGGGCCCUGCGGUCUCAGACGUCGGACGAUAUGGCGACCGGUGAGAGGCGAUCAAAUCUCAGAUUGCUCAGGACGUCAUUGAUUCUGGACCAAAGCGACAUACGCACGACUCGCCAUGGAGACUGUCUCAAACUGUGUACUUACAACGCGAGAACAGUUUCCACAGACGCUGACCUGCAUGUCCUUCUCGGAGCUGCAGAGCAUAUCAAAUUUCACGUGAUUGCUCUGCAGGAGACCAAGUGCAGAAGGAGCGACGUACGACAGAUGAAUGACGGUACACUCGUCAUUCGUGAAGAGAAGGUUCCGUCGCGAGAUGUGAGCGGUGUUGGUUUUGUUGUGCACCCAUCUGUCGUUCAUCUCGUCGAUUCUCACCAGAUCCUGUCACCUCGUCUGGCCAUUCUUCGCCUCCUCCCUCUGCGCCAAAAAUCCAUUAGUAUCAUCAACUGCUACUCACCAACAUCAGCAGCUGAUGAAUCCGAAUUGGACGCGUUUUACGAGGAGCUGGAGGAAGUAGUCCGCAACGAGAAGUCCUUUUACAAAUUCGUUGUCGGAGAUUUCAACGCAAAACUAGGAAAGGCCACAGAAAAGGAAUACAGAAUUGGAAGAUUUGGACUAGGGGACCGGAAUGAAAAUGGCAAUCGUCUCGCUGGGCUGUUGUCCGCCGCUCGCCAAAAAAAAAUCUGA